CAAGUCCGUUAGUAGCCCUCAUUUCGGCGGCUCGAGUUAGCCAAAUCGCGCUGUUCGUUGGGAAGUCUGCGGCAAGUUUGACUUCCGGCACUGAAGACCAAGAUUGAUGUCCGAAACCAAUUUCUAGAGUAUGGUUUAGCAGGUCCCAUGCUUUCGCGAGGGUGUCCUGUCACAGCUGUCAGCGUGAGAGCGAAGGGGGUAGGGGUGCCCGAAAUGGGUCGCACAUUUUUCGGGUACUGUCGUGUAGCAGAUGGUACAGCCAUUGCGAAGGGAUAUCUCGAAGGCCUGGAAAUCAGGUUUGUCGGCUCCUCGCUCGGCCUACGCAUGAACUCCGUCGCAAUCUCGGAUCUCGCAAUCCGGGGGUUCCAACGGCUGUUGGAAAGCUACCCUCCAAGGUCGCAAGAGAAAUGGCAUAAGGAAUCGAAGCAUCUAAUCACAAAGGUCCUAGGUUCCACUAAGAAAAGCAACCGGGGUAAUCAAAAGCCUAGAUUUGUUUCUGGUCACAGCUAUAGCCCUCGUAGUUUGAACUGGGGGAAAUCCCUGAGUCGAAGCGGCGAAACCCUCUGCGUAGCCGCGCGCUCACCGAGCUCCUGCUUGGGCGCCGACCCAAUCACAUUGAGCACCAGCAAAAUACUUCGAGAGUCAAAUGACAAUCGCGUUCUGAACGAAUUGUCUCAAUUCAGGGAACCAUCUGCUGGGAAAGGUACAAUCCGCUUGUGUGCCAUCCGUGGCCGACCGCAGGAGUCACAAUCUUUGUGGAUUGUAGCGCAUAGCAGUGGGAUUAUGGACAGGAAAGGAGGUUGCUUCUAUAGCGAUACUCAUUCACAAUGUUUCACGUGUCGUAAGGAUCUCCGCGGUCAAUGGCCAAAAGACCAGAUCAUCGCAUAUGGGAGCCAGGAUGUCAGCCAUACAUACCUGUUCAACUGCCCCGAGCUGUCCACCAAGUUCCCAUACGCGGCCCUGUUGCGACUCAACGGACGAAAGAGGCCGCUUGGGCAUUUGCAGUCGCACGCGGACUUUUCGGUUCAUGAAUUGUAA